UCUACUCUUAGGUCAUCACGUCGCCUCCCCGUCUCCCUCUCCCUCUCCUCACCCUCACCCUCUCCCCCUCCCUCUCCCUCUGAUGCACCUUCUGUUCUUAAAUUAAAUUUAAAGAAUUUAAAUUAAAAUUAAUGGGGUAUAGAGCGAAAGCUCCUACCCAAGUUCAUGAAUCCAACCCCGCGUCUCCCUCUAUAUAAACCUCACCCGCUCUCUCGCUUCUUUCUCAGUUCACUCUCCGCGAAAACAGAGCAACCCCCAACUGGAAGAAAGACAAAAUGCCUUCUUCUUCUUCUUCCUCCUCCCUCGUCAUCGUCUCCAAAUGCACCGUUUCCCCACACCACAAAUCCAAAAUUAAGACUCUCAAGCUCUCCGUCUCAGACCUUCCUAUGCUCUCCUGCCAAUACAUUCAAAAGGGCGUCCUCCUCACUCGCCCUCCUCACCAAAUCGAUUCUUUUAUUUCUCUUCUCAAGCGCUCACUUUCUCAAACUCUGGCCCAGUUUCCGGCCCUCGCCGGCCGCCUGAACACCGACCCCGCCGGCCACGUCCACAUCGUCUGCAACGACGCCGGCGUCGAUUUCGUUCAGGCCAGGGCCAAACACCUCCACAUUUGCGACAUUCUAUCCCCUGUCGACGUCCCCGACUCUGUUCGGCACUUCUUCGCCUUCGACAACACUCUCAGCUACGCCGGCCACUUCAAGCCCCUCGCCUGCGUUCAGGUCACGGAGCUCGCCGACGGGCUCUUCGUCGGCUGCACCGUCAACCACUCCGUAGUCGACGGGACAUCCUUCUGGCACUUCUUCAACACUUUCGCUGCCAUCACCAGAGGAGUUAAGGUCCCGAAUUCGCCGGAUUUCAGACGCGAUACGGUGUUCGACACGCCGGAGGUUCUCAGAUUCCCUUCCGGUGGUCCCAAGCUCACCUUCUCCGGCAACGAGCCGUUGCGCGAGAGAAUCUUUCACUUCAGCGUAGAAGCGAUUCUGAAGCUGAAAAACAGAGCCAACAACGAGCAGCAGAGACCCCCAAGUAACGAAAUAUUGGGAAAGCAAAAUAACGACGGUUGGAAAACGGUUAAAGGAGAAAACGAGAAAUCUAACGGAAAGAUAACGCCUGUAACGGAGAAGUUCCUGUGCGACGCCGUUCUGAAGGCGCUCAAUCGAACGGACGAGAUCUCAUCAUUUCAGUCGCUGUCGGCGCAGCUGUGGCGUUCAGUGACGCGUGCGAGGGAGCUCCCGGCGACCAAGACGACGACCUUUCGGAUGGCGGUGAACUGCCGGCACCGUUUGGAGCCGAAGCUGGACCCGUACUACUUCGGCAACGCGAUCCAGAGCAUUCCGACGACCGUGGCGGCAGGGGAGCUGCUGAGCCGGGACCUGCGGUGGUGCGCGGCGAUGCUCCACCGAAACGUGGUGGCGCACGGUGACGGGACGGUGCGUAAAGGCGUGGAGGACUGGGAGCGCAACCCUCGGCUCUUCCCGCUGGGAAACUUCGACGGCGCGAUGAUCACGAUGGGAAGCUCGCCGAGAUUCCCGAUGUACGACAACGACUUCGGGUGGGGCCGGCCGUUGGCUGUCCGGAGCGGGCGGGCGAACAAGUUCGACGGGAAGAUCUCGGCGUUUCCGGGGCGAGAAGGCGGGCGGAGCGUGGAUCUGGAGGUGGUUUUGGCUCCGGAGACAAUGGCGGGUCUGGAGUCCGACCCGGAGUUCAUGCAGUACGUAUCGGAUAGCGCUUAAGGGGCUUGCCUUCCUGACAUGAUCAUCAGAUUAGAUGGCUUGAAUGGAAUCAGACGGUUCUUGUUUUGGGGUCGGAGGAGGGGAAGAUGAUGGGGUCAAAGGUCGCGAUGGCUGCGGUCGGAUGUUCACAGUGGAUAUUGGGUUACGUUAAGGAUAAAUACGUUUGGACGGCGACGUUUUGUCGUUUUGGCCGUGUACGGGUGUAUUGCUUUUUGUAUUAAAGCUUUUUGUUUUGCACGUGACAUAAGACGGGCGGACAGUGGGUAUGUCUUAGUCCAGGACCGUUUGCAAUAAGGAUUGAGAAUUGGAAGUGGGACCCUUUUUGUUCUUAUUAAAUUAUUUAUAAUUAAAAAAAAAAAUGAUUUUAUGUGAAA